AUGCCACUCGCAAGACCUCCUGUUGUUCGCAGACCGUCCCCAGCAUCGAUCGAACCCCUCCUAAAACUGCGGCGACGCGAGUUUCUACUGUUUGUUCGUGUUUUGAUCAAGUGCAUUGAACAAUCGAACAACUACAAGCUGACCAUGCAGACAAAGGCGCUCGUUGCAGAAUGUGUCAAGCGAAACAGGAUGGGUGAUCCUCAUUUCACACCUCUCCAAGACUCCAUGGCACUCCGAUUGCGGGGCCUGGUAGGACCUCAAUAUUGGACCAAAGCCAAGGAAUGUAUGCACAGCUUCCAGAGUGCCAAGAAACAAGCAACCCGUCGGCAAAUUACCCGACGAUAA